ACAGCGACCUGCGGCGGAGCAAUAUGGUGGUGCUCCCUGUUGCCUCACGAAUGUGUCGUCUCGUUCGAUUGUCACGGACGUGUUAGCCGUAAAAUAUGAACGUGAUCGCGAAGUCGACGAACCUCUCGCCGUUCCUGCGAGCAACGGCGACCGCGGUCUCGAACGGUGGGAUGCCCGUGGUCGCAACCGGUAAAGUUCACAAGCCAAAGGUUUCCGUUCCUCAACCCGUCAAACGAACACUCCAGCAGACCGCCUAUCAGGAUCUCCUUACCGGACCAACGUGCAUAAAGUCGGGAGUCCCAGUUAGCACGCAGGUAUAUCAGCGACGGUUAGCACACACCGAUGUUCAGUGGCCAGAUUUCUCUCAUUAUCGCAGAGAUGAGGUACAAGAUCCAAAUUCAAAGGCACGAGACAAUGCGCCGAACCGCAAGGGUAUUUCCUAUAUUGUAGCAGCAGGUGGUACUGUAGCGGGUGUCUAUGGCGCCAAAACAAUAGUAUACGACCUCGUUGGCAUGCUGAGUGCGUCAGCUGACGUACUUGCCAUGUCAAAGAUCGAGAUAAAGCUCGAAAGUAUUCCUGAAGGCAAGAGCGCUGUCUUCAAAUGGCGUGGAAAGCCUCUGUUUGUACGACACAGAAUGGCAUCAGAAAUCGCAGCAGAAGCCAAGGUGGAUGUUGCGAGUCUCCGCGAUCCGGAAGAGGACAGCGUUCGCGUGAAGGAUCCCAAGUGGUUGGUCGUUCUUGGCGUUUGCACGCAUCUGGGAUGCGUGCCUAUCGCCAACGCGGGAGACUUCGGCGGUUACUAUUGCCCGUGCCACGGGUCUCAUUACGAUGCCAGCGGUAGGAUUAGAAAAGGACCGGCGCCACUGAACCUCGAAGUACCACCUUACGAGUUUAUUGAGAAUGUACUCGUUGUUGGUUAAUGACUAUUCGAUACUUGUAGUCAAAUAAUAAAAUAAUUUAAGAUAGGAUGCUCCGUGAGCACGCGUGACACCUUGUUAUUAUGAAUGCGAAGAAAAUCAGAGAAAUGUGUUUUAUAUAUUUCUUGAGACUUAAUGGAGAGCUAAUCGUUCAAAAAUUAGCCGAUACAGCGCAGUCGCUGUAUCGAAUUUAGAAUAAAUGUUAACCGUAUAUCUUUA